UUUUGCAGAACUUCAGUAAUUCAGCUGUCUAACAGCUUUUAUACUUUUAUAUAUUUGUUUAAAUCAAACAAUCAAACAAAACUACAAAAGAUCACAACUAACCUGAAACAAUGGGCUGUGUUCAAAGCUUCAGACAAUUGUGCGACCGUACAAAAAAUACAAAUGUUCGUCUCAGUCUACCAGCAGUUUGCUUUGUGUGGCAAACGGCCAUGAUCAUCCUGUUUGGGAUUUUUAUUCGUUACAACGAGGAAUCGGAUACACACUGGAUAGAGUACAGAAGAGAGAAAAAUAUUUCAAGUGACUCUGAGAACGACUUCUACUUCAGAUAUCCAAGUUUCCAGGAUGUCCAUGUAAUGAUCUUUGUUGGAUUUGGCUUCUUGAUGACAUUUCUUAAGCGGUACAGCUUUGGUGCAGUGGGUUUUAACUUCCUCAUUGCAGCAUUCGGCCUCCAAUGGGCGCUGCUAAUGCAAGGCUGGUUCCACUCUCUGGACUACACUGAUGGGAAGAUCAAAAUUGGAGUUGAAAACUUGAUCAAUGCUGACUUCUGUGUGGCAGGAUGCUUAAUUGCCUACGGGGCAGUACUUGGUAAAGUCAGUCCAGUCCAGCUGCUGGUCUUGACUCUGUUUGGGAUCACAUUGUUUGCUGUGGAGGAAUUUAUAAUCUUGGAUCUCAUACAUGCUAAAGAUGCUGGAGGCUCCAUGGUGAUCCACACAUUUGGAGGUUAUUAUGGUCUUUCCAUCUCAUGGAUGCUCUAUCGGCCAAACCUGGACCAGAGCAGUCGUCUGCAGGGCUCUGUCUACCACUCAGAUGUCUUUGCUAUGAUUGGUACCCUCUUCUUGUGGAUGUUCUGGCCCAGCUUCAACUCAGCCAUUACAGACCAUGGGGACGGGCAGCACAGAGCGGCCAUCAACACCUACCUGGCUUUGGCCUCAACUGUCCUCACUACUGUGGCCAUCUCGAGCCUCUUCCAGAAGCAUGGAAAACUUGACAUGGUUCACAUCCAGAACUCCACUCUUGCUGGAGGUGUUGCAGUUGGGACAGCAGCAGAGUUCAUGCUGAUGCCCUACGGAUCUCUGAUCGUGGGAUUCUGCUGUGGUAUAAUCUCCACACUGGGAUAUAUCUUCCUCACGCCAUUCAUGGAGAAGUAUCUAAAGAUUCAGGAUACAUGUGGAAUCCAUAACCUACAUGCUAUGCCUGGAGUCAUAGGCGGGAUUGUGGGAGCCAUUACUGCCGCAGCUGCAACAGAGACAGUUUAUGGAAAAGAAGGGUUGAUAAACACCUUUGACUUUGAGGGUGCUUUCAAAGACACGGUGCCUACACGGCAGGGUGGUCUCCAGGCCGCAGGCCUCUGUGUGGCUAUAUGCUUCGGUGUAGGCGGAGGCAUCAUUGUCGGGUGUAUCUUAAGAUUACCUAUCUGGGGAGAUCCUGCAGAUGACAAUUGUUUUGAUGAUGAGCCCUACUGGGAGCUUCCUGAGGAUGAAGAGAGCAUCCCACCAGCCCUUCAUUACAACAACCACAUGCACAACAAAGAUUUAGCGGAGUCAAAUUUCUCCAUGGAACAAUCAACCCACUAGUCCCGGAUCCUGAUGGAUGUCUGUCUCCAUAUGCCUGUUUGUUUGUUCAUUUUACUGUUCUCCUGAAGAAAAAAAAAUUGAUACAAUCAUUCCCCACCAAUCAAAAACAGUUAUUUUUCAUGCAGUGGUAUGACUAUUAACAGGUUGUUCAGCCUGGUUUGUUUGUUUGGAGUGGAAACAUCUGCCAGAUGAAUAAGAUUUGUACUUUUUCAACUAAUCAACUAAUAUUCAAUCAAAUAUUUGUAUUAUAUAUCCUGUAAAAUUAAGGACAUUUUCUUAGUACGAGUGGAGUGUUUUGCCUCAUUUCCACAUUGAAGGACAAGUAAAUUAACUACAUUUAUUUUAUUUAUUUUUUCUUGUAAUUCAUAUAAUGAAUCGGAUCAGUGCUGGAUUAAAACAUAACUGUGAGAACAUCACAAUUCCUUUAAGGAGGGUUUUGGGAGAAAUAUAAUAUUUAAAACCAUGUGUUGUAUUACGCUUGCUUCACAGAAGCUUGAGUUUCACUAUAGGGAUUUUUUUGACUGCAGUUUAAAUUUAGUGUCUUUUUUGCAAAGUUCAUGCUGUCAGCUUUAUUUGCAUAGUUGCACAGUUGCACGGCAUUAGAUGCAAUGAAAACAUUGAGAAUUUUUACAAUGAGAGUUAUGUAUCGUGUUACUGAUUAUUAUUUUAAAAAUAAGAGCUGUGAUAAUUGUUUUGGAGAAAGUUGCUGUGACAUAUGAGAUAUUUGGCAACCCUGUUACUUAGCAUUUUUAAGCACCACAUAAACAUUUAGUAAAUGGUUUCUAAGAGACUAUAAUGUAAUUGUAAGCCCACCAAAAGUUUGUGUUGUUAAUUAAUGUACAGUAUUUGUCAGCAGGUAUUCUUAUACUGUUUUACUAUACUAAUCAUUUCUUAUCUCUUUAUACAUGAGUCUCCACUUAUAAGUGCUGACAAUAUGAGUUAUAGUUGCAGAGAAAUACAUGAAUAAAUACUAAAAUAUGCUCACAGCUACCUUAUAGUGUACUAUAAACCAUUUUUUAAUGUUUACUGCUUAUAAAUGCUAAAAAAAGAAGAGUUAAACUAAAGUGCAUUAAGCACAUAUUUUUAUCCAUGUUAUCUUUUUGUAAAUUCAUGAUUGCACAGAAUAUUUAUGUCAUGCCGUUAUGAAAAGUGAAAAGUUUGUCAAUGGUAAUGUGAUUUUGUGUGUUUUCUGUGUCUACAUUAUUUGAAUUGGACAAAUAUUAGUAAAUACAUUUAACCAGUUGUAGAACGUUAAGAUUUACC